GGAACGUUGUAACCCGUUACAGAAAAAUAACAGUUUGUCACACCUCUAAGAUGUAGACUACAACAUAGAGAUAGCUGCGCACGUUACAACGCUUUACGUGUUAUCGAACCAUCAUUAAGAUUAUAAAUUAAGCAACUGUCCAGCCAUAAAAUUAAUAAUCAUCAAUAAAACAUUAUCAAUUUUCCACGGUCGUACAAUCGAUUAAACCCCAUCGCACACGUCUAUUGCGAAAAUGAAGAGCCAAAUUGUGACAUUAUCUCUGCUGGUUUUCUUUGGGUCGGCUGAUGCCGAUGGCCCUAAUGCAGGCCCGCAAGAUAUGAACAAAAAAAUCAAGCAUAUUGCUAGAGGAAUUGUGGACAAGUGGGUCGAUGAGGGCCUCACAGUGACUCGCGAAAAAGUGGAACGUUGGAUCAACAUUGUGGACGAAUCGCAAGCCAAGGCAAAAGCGGAACAACAACGAAAACAGCCUCAGAAACCGCCGGCGGAUGGUUUGGGCGACGAUUUUAAUCAAGUGAAAGACACUCUGGUGAAAACGUUCACAAAAAUCGGUCAAGUGCAGUGCACCGAUUGCAAAAAGCCUAGCGAAGCCCAAAAUUCAGCUGCCGGCGAAGAUCAGCGCUUGGAAGCGAUGAGCUUGGAGGAGCUGGAGGAGAAACAGGAGCUGAUCAGGAGGUUUGCACAAAUGAGCAAAAUGGCGCAGCUAGCGAAGCUGGCUGGCAGUUUUCAGAAUCUAGGAAAUCUGAAAAACAUGGUGCAAAACAGCCCGCAACCGGACUCAGUCCCAUCUAAUCACGAAGAACUGUAAAAUUGGAAAUAAAUUCUGGGGUUUUUCAGUUGUUUGCUGCUUUUGCCUCAGAUGUAAAGCUUGAGGGUUGAAAUAAUGCUCAGAACUCAAAAGCCAUACUGCUAUUUCCUUACAGAAUUCUGAGAAAACUCGAGAGGUUUUAAUUAAAAUGUCUCAAACGUG